AUGUCGUUCCAGCCAUCACACCAGCAGCCGUUCACGCCGGCCGAGGCGGCACAGCUCGAUGUCGGUACUAUCGUUGCAGAAAUCAGCCGCCUGCGUAACUCGCUCACCCACCUGCAUUCGACACAGGGCGAGCUCCGACUGGCCCUGGUCGAGGAGGACGACGCGGACCUCCGCUCCGCGCUCAACGAGAACGAGGCGGUGAUUGCGAGCCAGAGUCGGCGUGGACAGUCUUGCACACUACGGCAUCGAAACCCAGCCCCAGACGAACGGGAGCGUGGCGAACGGCGCACCCACCGCAAGCGAGGACGAGGGAAUGCACCUGUAGAGGGGAGUUGGAAUAUCAGCGGAGAGACAUAG